AUGACUGCCUCUAUCAAGCCAUUCAAGCUCUACGUCUUUCCCCACGGGCCCAAUCCCAAAAAGGUGGCCAUACUUCUGGAGGAGCUCGGCCUGCCAUAUGAGUCUAUCCUCAUUGAGAACCCAAAGGAGGAGUCGUACCUCAAGAUCAACCCCAACGGUCUCCUUCCGACUCUGGUCGACCCCAAUGUCGAGGACUUUACCAUCUGGGAGUCUGGCGCCAUCGCGGAGUACCUCGUGUCCACCUACGACCAAGAGGGCAAGCUGGACGGCCGGACCAAGGCUGAGAAAUGGCAUGCGAAGCAGUAUCUCCACUUUCAAAUGUCGGGCCAGGGUCCUUACUUUUUUGAGGCGGCCUGGUUCUACUAUUAUGCUCCCGAGGACGUGCCGUUUGCCAAAGCGCGCUAUGUUGAGCAGACGGUCCGCAUCUUCGAGGUGUUGAACAAGAUCCUGGAGGGCAAGAAGUGGCUUGUCGGUGAAAAGCUCACGUAUGCCGACCUUGGCUUCGUCCCUUGGAACAAGGUUCUGGUUGACCUCCCCCUGGGCGAGAAGACGCUCUCCCAGGAAUACGACCUCAAGAACAAGUAUCCCAACGUGUACAACUGGAUCGAGCGCCUCAAUGAGCUCGAGUCUGUCAAGAAGGUAUACAGCCAGUGA